CAAGAAUAGAUUUUUUGAUGGUGGUGUUCUGUCUGGCGUUCGAUGCUUUGAAUUUAAAAUUGUCUUUUUUACGAUAUAAUCAGUGUGAAAACCGAUUUAUUCUGUGCGUAUUCUCUUGUGCUUGAAUUGUGCAUGAAAACUAGUGUAUUUUGAACAGAAAACAAUCUGCUAAUUUGCGAUUCUGUGCAGCAUGCGACGUAAAGCUGGUUCAAAAAGCUCGCCGGAGAAAUCUCGGCGUUCUAAAAGAGGUCGCAAAUCUUCGACAGUUAGUCCUGAGCGAGAUGGCGACAAAGAAGAACAAAAUGAAAACACCGAGGAAACUUUGGAUGAUCAUAAAUCGGACAAUAGUGAUUCGGAACAGGAUGAGCCGGAACCUAAGAAAAAAGGCAGAGGUCGUCGAAAUGUUAGAUCUAGGCUUUCCGAAGAGAUUACAACUAAACCUAGAAGAAGUGUUCGUCGUAAAUCGCAAUCGGUAGAGCCUUCAGACAAGGAAGGCAGUGAACAAGAAGAAAAUGGAGAACCAGUUACUGAAAAGGAUAAUGAUAUAAUGGAAACUAUUCCGGAAGAAAAACCGGAAGAUGUUCAAGACACUGCAGCAAUAUCAGGUGUAGUAGAAGCCCAUAGUCAGGAUGAAACCUUCGUGGAAAAGGAACAAGAGGACAGCGACAAGCAAGAAGAACAGGAGUCUAAUUUAGAAACCCCCAGAGGAGAAGAAACAGAGAGAACAGCAGAUAAAAUUGGAACCGAUUUAUGUGAGCAGUCACGAGAAUCUGGGGAAGUUGAUUCUGAGAGUGUACAAGAUGAUGAAAGUCAACCGACGAAUAUAAUACAAAAGUCUCCAGACACAUUGGAAUCCUCGAAAGAUAUAAGUUCACCAGUACAGAUCCUACAGACACCGAAACCGGCACGUAAAUCGCGUUUCAGGUCACGUUCGCGUUCUCCUGUACCGGUGGAAAACAUUAAUACUGAAGAGCAAACAAAACUCGAUGAUGAAAGGAAUGGCGAAGAACUGGAAGCCGGAGAAAUCAAAGAAGAUCCGAUUGUCAAACGAAGUCCUGAAAAAAAGAUGAGCGAAGAGAAAACAGUACGUAAGCCUCUUCAACGAAAACGUCGAUGGUUGUCUUCAAAGAGCGAUGCGAAAACAACAGUUAUAACUAUUUCUACAGACUCUUUGAAAAACAUAAUUUCCGAACCAGUACAACCCGUACCAUUGUCGGAUGUAAAACUAGAAUCGUCUCCAGAGCCUGAAGAAAUAGUAGAUAGCACGGAAGAGCCGCCAUCCGAUGAACGCCGCAAAUCGAGAGACAAGCAGUCAUCCAAGUCAUCAGAGAAAGAAAACAUUGAUCAUGAUAAUCAAGACGAAGAACCUAAACCAAAACCAUCGGAUAAAGUAAUGUCCACUCGCAAGAUCAGUAUUGUAAGCGAUAAUGGUUCAAACAUGACUGCUAAACCACCAAGUCCGGCUCGACACCAUUCCAGUAACAUUUUGUAUAUUACAAACUUGGUACGACCUUUUACAGUGUUGCAGCUUAAAGGAUUGUUAGCACGUACCGGAAAAAUUGUUGAGAAUGGAUUUUGGAUUGAUAAGAUCAAAUCAAAGUGCUACGUCAAAUAUGAAACGGAAGAUGAAGCGGUUGAAACUCGUCACGCACUGCACGGUGUCCGAUGGCCGACUUCGAAUCCAAAAUGUUUGAACGUAGAUUUUGGAACUGAGUCAGCUAUGGAAAAAGCUAUAAUUUCUACAUUGGAUGAUACCGGCAGCACGCGCAUAACAAUUGACAAUUUGAAGGAUACAAAAGAUUUUGGUUGGAGCCGUGAUGCGGUUAAACAUGAGGAUAUUCACGUUUCACGACCCGUGCGAGAGUGGGAUUUAGGAAAAAAGGAUGCCUUUGAACAUGACCGUGAACGUGCAGAGGGAGAUCGGAGCGGCCGUGACAGGGAUCGGGACCGGGAACGGGACAAAGAACGCGACAGGGACAGAGAACGCGACCGUGGCAGCCGUAUCGACGAGGGACGAACUGACCGAAGCAGACGGCGAUCAAUGGAUAGGGACUAUGGUAGAGAUCGAGAGCGGAGGCGUAAUAGUGCCAGCUUAUCUCCAGCACGAAAAUUCAAAAAGAAGGAAAAUGAGCCUCCUAUCAGACUAUUGGACGAUCUUUUCAGGAAGACCAAGACGACGCCGUGUAUUUAUUGGCUACCGUUAACUGCUGAGCAAAUUAUCGAAAAGGACGAACAACGUCGAAAAAAUUUGGCUGAGUCUCAGCGUCGUCAAGAGGAAGCACGGAAACAUGAGGAGGAACGUCGUAAAGAACGAGAUCGCCGUGACCGCGAACGUCGCGAACGGGUUCGCUCUAAUUCGCGAGAUCGCCGUCGUCGUUCUCGUUCACGUGAUGACGGUCGACGACGUCACCGUUGAAUACUCCACGAAUACAAAUACACGAAACAACAGAAGAUUUCGAUCGCAUGGAUGGACAGCGUGGACAAGCGUAGCGUGGAGUUUUAAGUAAAAUAGUGCAAGAGACAGAGACACAACUUUCCAAUAGUACCUAUUCACCGGGUACUCUCUGCGACGAAUCCCAAUAGGGUCUGUGCGCAAAGUUAUUGUUUCUUUUUAUCAUUAUUUCUCAUCUAAAUUUUAGUUUACUUUUGGUUUAUUUCAUUUUUUUAUUCAUAUUAAACAGUCUCAAUACUGUUUGAAUUAUUUGCAGCACUUAUCAGUGUACGUUGUGUUCAACACUUAAAAGUUUUGAGCACACACGAAUUGACAACUUUUUUCAAAUUUUCCAAAAUAUACUUGUGGCAUAUUCAUUCACUUCAAUCUUGGCAGGACUAUGUUUCGUUCUAGGGAACAAAACAGGUAAUGCUAAGAUUUUCCAUCUGAAGUACGUUUCUGUUUACUAAUCGUUUUCACGCAAACUAAAAUAUGCCGAAUAUUGGAAAAUUAUGUAUACAACUUGAUAGAAAUAAUAUUCGAUAAACACAUAGAUUGCGCAAUAAUAACAACAUAAUUAAUUAGUCUAGCAGUCGAUCGUAGCUCGCCAGAAAUUCGAGUUUUUUAGCGGGAGGAAACUGCAGUUCUAUGAGGAAACAGAUAAAACCAAUUAUUACACUCAGCGACAAAUGUUAUCAUCACAGGUCAAUAAGAAACCUUCUCUUCUAUGUAUUGUGUAUUUCCAUCAGAAGCUGAGCACCCACGCAUACGCACGUUGCAAUCUGGUUCUGCAACCACCGGGCAACUGCGACUGGGCAAAAUGCCAAGCCGAUCAGGAUCAUCUGGAAUUUAUCAAUGCAUCAAACAGAGCUGGCUAAGCGUUGUCUUCAAAUUCGCAUACUGCUGAAUACAGGAUAAUAAUGGAGUUCAACAUAACGAAACCAUCUUCUGUCAUCAGUUCACCUAGAUGAUGAAAAAAUGCCGCCUUCAUGGAAAUAUGUAGCCUUGAAUCAGUAAUUUAACACUGUUGUUUCUGUUGCAUAUUUUAAAACAUUGGCAGCGAAGGUGUUCGCGAGCUUCGUAAGGCAUUAUUGUCUGUAAUGGCCAUCUGUUAGAUACAUAAUUGAGGUCGAUAUCAACACCAUUGUUGAAAAAACUACACCAGCACCAUACAAACAGGCAUUGUAUGAAGGUUAACCUGAUUGGAGAGAGCGUCGUGAAAAGGAGUUUUCCAGCAGAAUAUCCUUUUGUUGCUACAAGUGGGCAGCGAUGAAAUAAAAAUUUUGAGCUUGAUGGUAACACAUGAUUUUGAAUUCAUAUUGUCAGUAUAAAAACAUGUUGAUCUGGAGGCAAAAUUCAAAUAUAAUAAACAGUAAAUUGCAAAUUA